UAGCUCGUGUGAACAUAAAUGUCUUCACUUUUAUUUAUUGAUUAUUAUUCUUUUUUAUUGUACAAUUAUAAAAUCAUGAUAUCCCUAAAAAAAUAAUUUAAUUCUCUAUACAGCAGGGACAUAAACAGAGAUUUAUGCCGCAUCACAAACAUGUAAUUAUCAGUUUCAGGGUAUACGGAAUUUAUUACAGAUUGCAAAAAGCCAAAGUAGUAAUUUCAAAUAUUUAGCAGUAGCAGCACCCCAUGAGGAACACGGUGGAGAACGCAUGCAUGCCGUGUGAUGCAGCAGUGCCACUGCCGGAGAAUCGCAUUAUGGAGUCGUUAUCGUUGAGGAAUUAUUCUCUUUAGAUGUAAAUCACAAUCACUGCUGUGGAUUGUGGUGCAGUCAGUGGCAUGGAGAAGAAGUAAUCGUAACAUGAAAUGGCAGAUACCUCGAUACUGUACUGUCCCUAAAUUAGGGAAUAAAAAAAAGCUUUUUUUUUUCUUUCAUUGUUUUGGUUCAGAAAAGCAUGGGGCCAUCAGGAGAAGAAUAGAGAAAAGGCUGAUAGGUCACUGUGAAGAAGCAUCUUGUAAAAUAGAUUAUUCUAUGCUACUCCUAGUGAGAUUAUUCUAUCCUAGUAAUUGAAAAUUCAGCAAAGUAACCUAAAAAGCAUGUAGGAUAGCAUAUUAUAAGUUGUCGACAAUGUCCUAAAUCUUUCAACAACAGUUAGUAAUUAGGCAUCAUGAUUUCCUUAGCAGAUGUCUAUCAUGUAGUCACUGCCACUGUUCCAUUAUAUGUCACCAUGUUUCUAGCCUACAUCUCUGUGAAAUGGUGGAAGCUCUUCAACCCGGAACAAUGUUCAGGCAUAAACAAAUUUGUGGCCAAUUUCUCAGUCCCAAUUUUGUCAUUCCAGGUCAUUUCCUCCAACAACAUUUACAAGAUGAGCCUCAAACUCGUGUAUGCCGAUGUUGUUCAGAAAUUGCUUGCAUUUCUAGUCUUCACAGCAAUCAUAAGGAUCAAGGGCAGGGGGGGUUUGAAGUGGAUCAUAACUGGUCUCUCACUAUCAACACUUCCCAACACUUUGAUCCUUGGAAUCCCACUCAUGAAGGCUAUGUAUAGGGAUGAAGCUUCUCUUCUCCUACCCCAGAUUAUCUUCCUUCAGAGCAUGGUGUGGUACAAUUUGUUGUUGUUUCUUCAUGAGCUAGAUGCUGCAAUUCCUGCAAGGACCAUGCCUGUUGUUGCACCACCAUCACAAGACACGGGAGAAUCUGAGACUUCUCUGGAGAUACAAUCAAAAGAAGAAGAAGAAGAAGAAGCAGAACACAGAACUCAGAGUAAAACGAGAAUGUUGCUCAUUCUUAUGAAAGUGGGGAAUAAAUUAAUCAUUAAUCCUAAUACCUAUGCAACUUUCAUAGGUCUUAUUUGGGCAAGCAUACACUUCAGGUGGGGAGUGGAUAUGCCAGAUGUUGUAAAUCAGUCAAUAGAAAUAUUGGCCAGUGGAGGUCUAGGCAUGGCAACUUUCAGCUUAGGUCUAUUUAUGGCAUCAAACAACAGAGUCAUAGUAUGUGGGCCAAGGAUGACACUGGUAGCAAUGGGCCUGAAAUUUCUUGUUGGGCCUGCCAUAAUGGCUGUAGCCUCCAUUGUGAUUGGAUUAAGAGAUAGAAUGCUCAAAGUGGCAAUUAUUCAGGCAGCCCUACCACAAGGAAUUGUUCCUUUUGUUUUUGCUAGAGAGUAUAAUGUCAAUCCAGGCAUUUUAAGCACUGGGGUCUUGCUAGGAAUGCUCAUGGCCUUGCCCGUGGCAUUGACCUACUAUCUCCUCUUAUCACUCUAUUGAUACAUUAUGUUAAAUAUAUACCAGAAACAAUGACAAGGGUUGCAUUGGUGUAAAACUAACAAUUUACAUAGUUGUAUAUUGUCAGUAUUGAUUCAUAUAUAGUUAGAAAAUGAAAAACAAAUAUAUUUAUAACAAAUUGCAUGAGUAGAGAAAAACAUAUUUUGCAGCCGAUGAUUCAAGAGAGAAAUAAAGCAUACCAUGCUUUCAUCAUCUUACAAAUUCAAAAUACCUAGAAAUUAAAUAUAAUGUAAUUAAGGUUUUUGAUUUAUUUGAAUUGGAUGACAGUGACUUGUCUAAAGUGGGCUGCUGACGUGUCCGAAGUGGACUGUUGACUUAGGAAUAUGCUUUGAUGAGUGUUGAGUGUUGACUAGUGAGCUUUUAAUGGACUAAAGUUUGAGUUUGCUGGAGGUUGGUUGAUGCUCGAGUGCGGUUGAGACACAGUGAAAAAUGAGUGGAUGCUUGCAAAAAGCAUUACAACGCCCAAGUCCAUAAGAAAUCAACCAAAGUGAAGAUGUGUGUUAGAUGCUUAUGCGCUACAUUAACUUGACGGCAUAUAUAGGAGUGAGAAAUGAGUUGAACUCCCUGGCACAAGCCCAAGGCCUUGUGUGGGUGAUAAUAUUUUGUUUUGGUGUAGCAACAUGUAACAUUAUUCCUAAUUGAAGUGUAAGUCACUGUUUAUGAAUGUAUUUUAGUUUUCCUCUUACUAGUGUUCACUAGGUGUUAACCUCAAUCAACACUUGUGAUUUUCAGCUAUCGUGACAUUUUAGCCUAGUGUGGUCGCUAUAUGGAUUGGGCUCAAUCCGUAAUAGGUUCAGAGUAUUCAACCCAUUAAUACAAGAAUUAAUAAAAAUGAGUUUAUCACAACUUUAUUGAA